CCCACUUGCGAGAACUUUCAUGGAAGCAAGCAGUGCUGCAGUGUGAAACCCCCCCGGUAAAGCUAUAUAUUUCACACAGUUACCGACACGCCUUCAAACAAUCUCAUUCACGAUCAGGAAUUACUACUUAAGAUCUAAAGAAACAGGUACCUAAUUUCCAAAUAUAGUAAGUUCCGGACAGGGCUGGGUAGGAUAUCAUGGAGUCGGACUUGGCUGUCCUCGAAUCCAUUCGGCAGUAUCUCCUCGGCGAUUCGGAGACCACUGGGAUUAGUUUUUAUGCGGCGAUGGGUUUAGAUUAUGAUGCUAACAAGGUGGACGUUUCUCGGAGCACGGCUUUUACCGGUGUUUUUCUUGACCAGAGUAAUUGGGAUGGUGCAUUCCCGUCGAAAGUGGAGGACGCCGGGAACGCUGCAUUUUCCGGUGCCGUUAACUUUGGAUGGGUUUCAUCUGAUGAGGUUGAUCUUGCAAAGGAAGCAACGGUGAAAUCAGAGCAACCGGAGACGAGAGAAGUGGCAGUGGCGGCGGCGAGCGUGCAUUACAGGGGAGUAAGGAGGAGGCCGUGGGGGAAGUACGCGGCGGAGAUAAGGGAUCCGAGGAAGAAAGGCACCAGGGUGUGGCUCGGAACUUACGAAACACCGGAGGAUGCCGGGCUGGCUUAUGACCGAGCGGCUUUCGAGAUGCGCGGCUCCAAGGCUAAGCUCAACUUCCCCCACUUGCUAGGCUCGAAUGAAGCCCAACCCAUUAGAGUGACUCACAAACGCCGCUCGCCGGCGCCGUCAUCACCCUCAUCGGAUAGAGGGUCUCCGCAGCCGAAGAGGAGAAAGAGCAGUGGUGGCUCAGCGGCUGCAAUAGAGAUUUCAUGCGAGCCUAAAGACACUUGGUGCUCAUUGGUCGAUGGAUCGGUUGCAUUGUGGCCUGUAGAUCACUUGAAAAGUGACAUCUCAAAUACGUUUUUUUAAUUAGCUCCCCAAUAUUAUCAACAUUUGUCUCAAUCUGUAAAAAAAAAAAAAAUGAAAUUGGUCAAUUAUCAUUAAGUAAUCAAUUUGAUCAUUGUAUGAGACGAUUCAAGCAACAAAAGAAACGAGCAGUUCAUAAUGCGAAAUUUUCAAGAGAAGAACUUGA